CAUUCACAAAGGUUAGAUUUACCUAAAUCUACCGCUUUUACAAUUUAUUUUUUAGACCAAAGUCAGCAUUUAUUUAUAUGUAGAUUACAGCAUGUGCGUCAUAACCUGUGAUUGACAGGCCUGGUCGGUAAUUAGCUCGCUGAUUCGUCGUUCCUGCAGGCUCAAAUUGAAUUCAAAUUCAAGUUUGUCCUAAUAACUGAUUUACGUGAAUGAAAUUAUUAUACAGACUAUAAAUAUUAAUAGUAAUGGGAAUGUUAUACUCUUACUAAGAGUAAUGGUAACGUAGGCUUUGAGAGAGUGAGCUUGCAUCCUCUUAGAGCGUUUAUUAAGUUCCAAGAAAAGUGCUUUACCAUUUAUUGGAUCUGAUUUAUUCAGAUGACAAUAUCGAUAACUAAAAUAUUGUUUUUUUUAUACAUCCAUACACGUUUAAUUUAACGUUACGCAAUACCCCUUGCUUUGGCCCCCACUUAAAACUCAGCAGUGGGCGGUCUCACGUACCCGGCUUUCUUUGGAAAUUUAGCUGUUCUCUUCCUCACCAGUGAAUCCAUUGAAUGCAUUGCAUUUUGGGGUUGGUUAACAGUAGCAGUACCAUCUCAACGCUUUGUUACCACAUAAUGACAACUUUAUCACAGACAAAGGAAAUCUUCCGGAGAGCAGAUGCUGUCUGUUUCGACGUGGAUAGCACUGUUAUUAGAGAGGAGGGCAUUGAUGAACUUGCUAAAUUCUGCGGAGUUGGAGAUGCAGUAACAGAAAUGACUCGCAACGCCAUGGGUGGAUCAGUGACUUUUCAAAAGGCUCUUAUGGAUCGUCUCUCAAUCAUUCGAUGCUCAAGGGAACAAGUAAACAAACUGAUAACAGACCACCCCCCACAACUGACCACAGGUAUCAAGGAGCUUGUCGACAAUUUGCACCAGCGCAAUGUCAACGUUUUCCUCAUCUCCGGUGGUUUCCGCUGCAUUGUGGAGCAUGUUGCAUCUCAGCUCAGCAUUCCCCUUCAUCAUGUCUACGCCAACCGGCUCAAGUUCUAUUUUAACGGUGAGUAUGCAGGAUUUGAUGAGAGCCAGCCCACUGCUGAGAGUGGAGGAAAGGGCAGGGUGAUCAACAUGCUCAAAGAGCAGUACGGCUUCAAAGACGUGGUGAUGAUUGGUGAUGGUGCUACAGACCUGGAGGCCUGUCCCCCUGCAAGUGCCUUCAUUGGAUUUGGUGGAAAUGUGGUGAGACCACAGGUGAAAGAGAGGUGCUCUUGGUAUGUCUCAAGUUUUGGAGAGCUGCUAAAAGAACUUGAGAAGAUCUAACAAGGGAUACCGGGGCUUUUUGAGAAUUCACUAAUGUAACUAAUGCCAAGUUUAAAUAUAUUUUUUAACUCAUCCAGUCAAUAGAUUUUUUUUAUAAUGAAUGGAAAUGUUUACACUAUAAUAGUGGGACUUUAGGAGGUGGUGUUGUCCCUUGAAUAUUUUAUACUUGUAUAGAACACUAAAAAGUUAACCAAAUGUCUAUUUGGAAGGAUUUUGUGUUUUUUUAAACAGCACUUUCCAUGUUAAAGCUUAAGUCAGAUUGAUAACAAAACUGCAUAAAAUGUGUGCCAUGUGGAAUACAGAUUGCUACUGACACAAUAAAGUGUAUAGUGCAGUUUG